CUCCAUACCUACUGCACAGCACAGAGGCAGGUGAGUAUCUGGGAUUAGGUUACUAUCUCAGAUGCCUUGGUGCUACUGUAUGCUCUGGUAUGGCCGAUCUAGUGGAACUGCGACCCCCUGCGAAAUGCCUACCUACGGCCCCUGACCCCGUCAUCAAUCAUGAAUCCACCAUUUACGAGUAAUAGGACUAGCGAUUCAUGAGUGACGCCCAAGCCAUACACAUACAUCCCCGAGCACCUAUCGGUGAUGGCGCCGCACGGUCGAUCCAUCAGGCAACAGUGAUUUCCUGCGCUGCGAUGCUGUUUGAUCUCAACAACCUUGGAUUGGUGCACCGCCACCCACACGUGACAUUAUAUACCAAAAUUGCGCCACAGUCACCAGCCCCACGUCGUGUUCGCUUCUCUCUGGGCGACUCGGGAUGCGAGCAAAACGUAUUCGUAUCUUGGGCGUCGAUCCGAUGCACCGACGUCGCUUCUUCUCAGUGAUCAUUUAUAGACUCUUCCCCACAACAAGAGUGAAAACAGCCUUGCGGAUUGCCUUACAAAUCUUGGCAGACAUCGCAUAGGGACGUCUCCCGAGCUCGUCCAGAAAGCUCUUGCAUCAGAGCUGGGCUGAUGCUAUUUUCCGCAGAAUCUUCCUGAUCGAGAUUAACUCGACAGUUGAGUUCGACGAUCCUGGAUUACUCGGCAAAAGAUUACUGGUCUCUAUUUCAGAAUAUGCGGAUGCUUCUCAGGCAGCUUCUUUAAACCUGCGGGGAAGGAACAGCGCUCGACGGUAUUUAUAUCGAAGCUGCUUCCUCCCCCUCGUGCUAUCAUCUUCUGGCGUCUCAUCAUAAAGCAUUCUGGCAUCAUGAAGAGCAAAAUCAGUCUCACAAGCGUCUGCUGCUUUCUCUUGCUUGGUGGCACGACUCAAGCAGCCCCUCAGCAAUACUGCAAACCUGUUGUAGGUUCGCCAGGUUGGCCCUCCGCCUCUGACUGGCACGCUUUGAACAACUCCGUCUCGGGCCGCCUCAUCGCUCCUGUGCCUCCGGGCUUGGUCUGUCAGACCAACAGUUCGGUGUACAACGCGCAGGCCUGUGGUCAGGUGCUCGCCCAGUGGAGCAAUUCGUCCUUUCAUGCCGAGGACCCCUUCACGACCGACUACAACGAUGACUCUUGCCUCCCGGAUCCUCGAGCCCCAUGUUCUACGGCACUCCUCCCAGCCUAUGUGGUCAAUGCCACCAACACGGCUGAUGUCCAAGCCGCUUGCCGAUUUGCUUACAAGACUGGUGUUAGGCUGAUUGUUAAAGGGACGGGCCAUGACUUUCUAGGACGGUCCUCUGGCCGAAGCUCUCUCUCAAUUUGGACGCACAACAUCCGUGGCGUCAACGUCACAAUGGGAGAUUCUCGCGCGAAGCGGUACGGGGGUGUUGCUUCUGUCAAGAUUGCCGCUGGCAUGCGUUUUGGCGAAAUCUACCAAGCCAUUUCCUCAUACAACCUAACCCUAGUCGGUGGUGCGGAUCCCAAUGUCGGCAUUGGUGGGUGGGUUACUGGGGCUGGACACUCUCCGAUCAGCGCCGUCUACGGCCUGGGGGCAGAUCAAGUCCUUGAGAUGGAUGUUGUCACCGCCAAUGGGACACAUCUGACUAUCAACGAAGAUUCAUUUCCUGGUCUCUUCUGGGCAAUGCGAGGUGGCGGCGGUUCCACCUUCGCAGUCCUCCUCUCUGUCACUGUCCGAGCAUAUCCAGUCCUCCCUGCGGCGGUGUAUACAUUCAGCUACAACACCACUGCGAACAGUGAUACAUUCUGGUCUCUGGUAGCAUACUUCCACAACCAAUUGCCUGAGCUCUCGGACGCCGGUAUCAUGGGUUACUACUUCAUCACGCCCAACAACAGCGCGUCACAAUCUGAUCCCGCACGUAUGGGCUCGGUCUCCGGCUUCUGGUUCGCUCCGAACAAGUCUGUCGAAGAAACCCAGCACAUCUUGGCACCCAUGGAACAGACGAUUCAGAAGAACGCGUACAACUGGACGGACGCGAUCUUUGUUAGCAAUGUGUCUGCACCAGUGCCGGACUUCACCAAAUUCUGGCUUGCAUUCGUUACGCCUCAGAGUGUAGGGUCAGAAGUCCGGCUGGGGUCUCGCCUUUUUGACCGGGCUGCACUCAAGACUGACCCAGCAAAGUUGAAGAGACUCUUCAAGCAGACAAGUCCAAUCCCCCAGUAUCCGAUCCUGGGCCACGUCGUGGCAGGCAAGGGCGUAAAGACCGUCAAGAACGGAAUCCCGGGAGGGAGUAACUCAGUCUUGCCCGCCUGGCGCAAGGCAUACGCGCACAUCGUGCUCCCACGAUCGUGGGCAUUUCUGAACGAGACCGCAAAAAUUGCGGCGACCACACAGCUUCGCGAGGUUGAGACAGAAGCCCUUCGCGAACUGGCACCCAAUAUGGGAGCGUACGUGAACGAAGCAGACCCAACUGAGCCGAACUGGCAGGAGACAUUCUGGGGGUCAAACUACCCGAGACUGCUGCAGUUGAAGAGGUAUUGGGAUCCCAAGAGCGUAUUCUGGUGUGUGCCCUGCGUGGGUCACACGGAUGGCUGGGAGGUCGUUGGCCAGGCAGGUGUAGAGGGUGCGGUGGGAGAAUCUUCAGGGAGGAUCUGUCGGACUUGAUGAGGUGUCGAAACUGUUGCUGGAGACGUUGCUCUGUAUUCUGCCACGGCUCUAAGAGAGAAUGGAUAUCAUGAUCUGGACAGUGGUGGUUGAUACAACGGCCGAAUGACAAGGCUGUGGACAUGGACCUGCCUGCGGGCGUUAAUGUAUCUGACCGUCUUUCCGUACCAACAAUAUCGUAGCCCGAUAUCUAGUGUAUAUUAUCGGCGAAUAUUGCAACCGC